CGGGCGGCGCCAGGCGCGGCGGCGGCGGAGCCUCUCGGCGAACAAAGAGGGAGCGAGCGGCGCGGGCGGGCGGGUGUCGGGGGCGCCGGCCAUGCGGGGCCGCGAGCCGCCGCCGGGGCGCCGGUGAGGAGCGAGCGAGGGCGGCGGCGCCGCUCCAUGGCCGGCGGCGGGUCGGCGUGAGGCGAGCGGAGGCGGCGCGGCGCGGCGGCAUGGCGGGCGUCAGCUACUCGCCGCCCUGGUGGGUGAGCCUGCUGCACCGCCUGCCGCACCUCAGCCUGCGCUGGGAGCUCACCGCCGCCGACUUCCGCCCGCACGACGCCGAGUACCAGCAGGCCCUGUUGCUGUUGGGCGGCAUUGCUCUUUCCUGCCUCGCUCUGGACCUCCUCUUCCUCUUGUUCUACUCGUUUUGGCUGUGCUGCCGCCAUCGGAAGAGCGAAGAGCAUUUAAACGCUGACUGCUGCUGUACAGCCUGGUGCGUGAUCAUCGCCACCCUCGUGUGCAGUGCUGGAAUUGCUGUUGGCUUCUAUGGGAAUGGAGAGACCAGUGAUGGCAUUCACCGGCUGACGUACUCGCUACGCCAUGCAAACCGCACUGUGGCAGGUGUCCAAGACCGGGUACUAGAUACCGCAUUGGCCCUGAACCAAACAGUGGAACCAAACUUGCUGAUCCUGGAGGAGAUGUUCACAAAGCAGACAGACUACCUGCAUAUUGUCCAGAAACUGCAAGGUCUCUUGGAUGAUCUGGUCAGGCAAACAACUGAGAUCCCUUUUUGGAAGAAUGAAGAGCUGUCUCUGGAGGAGCUGGCAAUUCAGAUCGACCUCUAUGACUGGUACAGGUGGCUGGGAUACCUGGGCCUGCUCCUGUUCCAUGUUCUGAUAUGUUUGCUGGUGCUCUUUGGGCUUAUAAGAAACUCCAGGGCCAUUCUUAUGGGGGUGUGCUUGCUUGGGGUGUUUGCCCUGAUUGUCAGCUGGGGAUCCUUGGGUUUGGAGUUGGCUGUUGCUGUGGGCUCCAGUGACUUCUGUAUUAACCCUGAUGCCUAUGUCUCCAAAGUGAUUGAAGACAAUGGAGUGCUUAGUACUGAUACUCUCCGCUAUUACAUUACCUGCAGCGCUGGAUACCCCAACCCUUUCCAACAGAAGCUGUCGGGAAGUCACAAGGCUCUGGUGGAAAUGCAAGAUGAUGUUAUGGAACUCAUGAGGUCAGCAAGCAGAGAGCACCCCACCUCCAAGGAGUAUCUUACUCGGAUCCAGGAGGUUUUAAAUUCAACAGAGAUCAACUUGCAGCAACUGACAGCUCUAGUAGACUGUCGGAGUCUGCAUUUGGAUUACGUCCAGGCUCUGACAGGCUUUUGCUAUGAUGGAGUGGAAGGCCUCAUCUACCUGGUUCUCUUCUCCUUUGUCACAGCCCUCAUGUUCAGUUCCAUUGUGUGCAGCGUUCCACACACUUGGCAGCAAAAGAGAAGCUCAGAUGAUGAUGGGGAAGAAGAAUCAACCGCUCAAGGGAAUAGACAAACACACGAUAAUCUUUACAGAGUGCACAUGCCCAGCCUCUAUAGCUGUGGGAGUAGUUAUGGCAGUGAGACCAGCAUUCCAGCAGCAGCACACACAGUCAGCAAUGCUCCCGUCACAGAGUACAUGAGCCAGAAUGCAAAUUUCCAGAACCCCCGCUGCGAGAAUACCCCGCUCAUUGGCCGUGAGUCCCCACCUCCCUCAUUGUAUUUGGCUGCCAUGGACAGUAGCAGCCAUAUGAGCUGGCAGCUUAAGCCCUCGGACAGUGCACGGACAUACUGGUAACAGCGCCCGCAAAUGGAACAGUACACCUCCAGCAUGAGAGCCAAAUACCUCGCCACCAACCAACCUCGUCCAGAUGCUGGCAGUGUGCAUUAAAAUGAAAAAGCAAAAGCAAAAAAACCCCACACGUGCAGUCAGACAAAACAAUGUGCCAACUGCUGUGCCCCUGUGCUGUCCUCGUAGAACAAUCCUGCUGUUCUGCCCAAAAUCCAGUGCAGCUCCUUCUGUUUCUCCAGUCCAGACCACCCCUCCAACCUGGUACCUGCCCAUUGGAGUAGAAGCCCCUUUUGAAUUUAAGCCUUCACCUGCUGUACCUGGUGUGUGAGAGAGAGCAAGCGCGUGCAGGCAAGCAACGGAGAGAUUACCAGCCCAUCCUGGGUUCCACCUGCCUGGGGCCAGCUUGAUCGGUAGCCCUCUCAGAAAAUGUCGGUGAAUAUCUUCUGCCCCAUCUUUCCCCUCCUGUUCCCCAGAGCGACUUGGUGAAAGGUGGUAGUAGAUCAUCUUCAGUUCUGCAGAGGGAUCAGCAGAGUUUCUCAGUCUGUCAGACUCUGAAGAAGCAGAUGUUCAGUGUCCAUGACUAGCGUACAAGGAGGGAAAGCCAAGUCAGUGCACAGUAUGAUGUUUUGGUGGGAAUCUUCUGGUCCAGCCUCCUGUGCCAAGGAGGAGGGAAACCCCUGCCCAUGGUGUCACUGCGUAUCCACUGUAAUUUGAGAACCUGGGGCUCUGUUUUAGAGCAAACCACUCCACAGCCCUGGUGACGUCUUUUCAAAAGAAUAAAUCCAAUGCCUUUUUCUUUCCCACUGUAUCUAGUAUGUGAAUUCUCGAGGAGGAGCAGGGGGUCCCAGCACCCGUCAACUACCCUGUCCAUUGCUCUGAACUGGACCUCUCUGCUCCAUCAGGGAAGCCCAGGUACUUGCAGGUGGCAUUCUGGGUGCUGCCUUUGUGAGGCCAUCACACAGAUCAAACAGGAGCCAGCAACCCACUUGGUGCCAAUUUUUUCCAGGAAAAGACUUGUAAGACUGUGGGUUUUUUUGCACUGAACAAAUUUCAGCUCUCUGAUGGUAGGUCUUAUGGGACGGUCAGCUUACAGGAGAAGGGGGAGAGGAUGCAAGCACCAAUAGACUUAUAGCAAAUGCGAACUCUCUCUGCAGGACUGACCUGUGAACUCUGCUGGACUUUUUCCCCCCCCACACACUUUUUUUUUUCCUCCUUCUUUCUUCCUUUAAUCAUCAUUUGUGGUGCAGGGUUGCAGACCUGGCAUUGAAAGAGGCUUUUGAAGCCUCAGUCCUGACAUAUUCACAAGAUGGGCAGUAUACUUCCUCUGUGUUCCAGAAUCAGAAACCCAAGUGACAUCUUGAAAACAUUGUGACUGUUGGAACAACUUUACUUUCUUUCUUUUUUUUUUUUGUUUAGUUUUUGUUUUUCCAGGCAUGUUGCUAACCACUAUCUGACCAUAUUAAGGCACAUUUAGGGCAUUUUUCAAGACAUGAGAGACAACAAAGCUUGCAAAGGGUAAAUUGGGUGCCUGCAAGGGGCAACAUCCUCCACUGGUGCUGUACUUUCCACUGAAGAAUGGUGCUCCAAAGGGCACUGACGGCUUCCUACUAAAAAAGGAGACUGCCACUUGGGUGGUUAGAAGUAGUGUAGAAAGGAGACUGCCACUUGGGUGGUUAGAAGUAGUGUAGAGUACUGGCCUUUUAGUAAGGAAGCUAUGAUGUUCCUUUUCUUUGUUUACCUCUUUGAGCAGGGACAUCUUAGUGUAGCUGCUGAGCAUGACAUUAAAUAACUGGCAGAGGAAAUAAGUGGAAAACAUCUCUCAAAUCGGAGUUGAGCCUCUGGCAGAUGCAGUUCAUCUUCACCUCACUGAUGUUCAGGCUCAGUGUCUGUUUAUCCCCAUGUUUGCUGUAUGGGGCUUACAUCCAUAGUUUGGGGCACAGAAUCUACCAAUCUGCCUUUACCUGAGUCAGUUGCCUUCUUGCAGCAAGGUAGGAAAUGCUUCUAGCAGAUAGCUAACUGGGAUGCUGGUGUUUCCUGUGAAAUGUUACCAGCUCUGUGGAAGAGUAAGCUUUGAGACUCCUCUUAAGAAGAUAGAAACCACUAACAGACUGCAAAAGUUGUAGGCCAGCUUUUAUCAUUCAAAGGAGUGAGGGAGAAAGGAGGAAAUGGUACCAUGCUGACAGGAAGAGAAGGUUUUGGAGAAAACUCAGCACUUCACCGUAAAUCCGUAAAAGCAGGAUUUUCUUGCUCAGGACUGAGUAGGCCUUUCAGACACAAUUGAUGGGCUUCACACUGAAACAUACCUCGGCGUUAUCAAAUAACAAGGGCAGGGAAACAUAGCCACAGGUUGUAUGGAGGGGCGGUGUGGCUCAUGCAGCAGUUUUGCACCGUCUUAAAGCCUAACAGGAGACCUGUGUAUGCAAGCACAUUGUGUGGUUAGCUUGCAGAGCCCAAAGCAUGCGACUGCUGUCCAGGGGGAGAACUGAACUCCACCUCACUUUGAAGAAAGAAGCAAGAGCUGUGUAAUCCCUAUUACCACUGAGUUGUUCUGCCAUUGUCUUUCCCUGUGAGCGUGUGCCCAGAUUGCUACUUACACAAUCAUUUCUAGGGGAGGUGCCCUAAAAUUUCUGACCUGGUCCUACUCACUGAAGGCAAGCAUGCGGAAGGCUUGGAGGGUGUGGGGAACCCUGUGAGAACAGGAGCGUCUGUAUAUUGCUGUGUACAGAAUGCAUCCUGAACACGUGCGUGUGACUGCACUUCGGGAAGGGUUGGAUCUGAAUUGUGGCAUUGUCUGUGCCAGUGAUAAGGGGGAGCCUAUGCCUUUUGUUUUCAGCAUCUAAUGCAGCAGCCACCUUGACCUGCUUCCUCCAAGGUUUGGCAUAGUCACUUAAAACACCCAGAACACCUUCUGACAAUGUUCAGGGGCUUGCAGCGAGGCACAGAUGUGGAGAUACGUGCUCUGUGACUUCAAAGUAUAACUGGAAAGAAUGUUAUGGAGAACCAUUGUGCUCUCUGGAGGCCAGCAUAACGUGACUGUGGUGUGAGCUGUGUACCUUUGUCCAGCCAGCACUUCCUUUACUUGACAUGGAUAUUGCACUUUUGUAAAGCAUCCUGGAACUCUGCUGCCCUGCUGCAUGCUGUGCAGAGCCCUGGAUCGAAAACACAGACAAAUGGUUUUAUUUUAUUUUUUCUACUGGAACCUUGAGCAACAGCGUGGCAUUUCUGCAGGCUGGUCUGAAUGGAUCUGCUGAAGAACAGAUGGCCUUUGCCUAUUCCUAUGGCUGCGACACAAUUGGUCUCAUCCAUAUGGUCACAUUUUGUCUGUGGAGCAGACUUUCAAAAGCCAAGAUCUCCCAGACUCCGUGCCUCCUCCUAGGGUGAACAGCAGGUGCUAUCCGGCGAAGGCUAAUCUGUUCUAGAUGACAUUAAUGGUUGAGGGAGUCCAAACUCUUCAAGCUGUAGGAGGUAAAGCUGCAGAGACUUCUCUCUCUUCCAUUGUGUGUCUUCAUUUUUAAUGUGACAAAAUGCCAAGGCCAUAUCACUCAGUGUGUCCCAGCUGACAUUAUCAGAACAUUAUUCAUGUUACUGGUUGCUAACAAAAGGGUCCAGAAUUCAGGGGAGACGAGAUUGGCCUCUGGACACCUUGCUGACUGCAAAAUGGAAGGCAACCUGUCCGGUUGAAGGUGACUGCUUCAGUGAAGACACUUCAUGUUACUUUUUCAGAAGCACAAGUGUGGUCAUUGGCUUGUCUGGUUGGCUUGGUUUAUUUCCACUGCAUCAUCAUGUGCGAAUGACAUUUUCUUUUGGAACUGAGAACUCUUCCAAGCACACAAACAUCUCCACAAUGUGAAAUGUAAAUAGCAUGUUGGACUCUCGUGUCCAGUGUUCAAGACUGCAUUGUACUUGUAAAGGAAAUCGAAUCAAGACUUGGCUGUGAAUUUCUUGUGCUGUCUUGGGAAUAUAACUGUAGUGUUUGUAUCCUGUAUGUAAUAUUAAAUUGAGUUCAUUUUAUGUGCUGAUAAAAGGGUUCAAGCUAAGAUUUUUAGCGUACAUCCAUGUAUCCAAAUGUGAAGGAUGGAGUGCUCCCUUCCCCUCCUGUCCUUUUAAGUUUUUUCUCCAUUUGAUAGGUGUUAAUUUUCCGUGUACAGUCAUCUCAGCCAAGAUGCAAGGGUGUUCGUUUGAGUGCUUUGAGGGGGACACAGUGCAUGGGGAUUUAAGUGAUCCUAAGUUAGGAUUUCCAUAGCAGUUCCCUAUAACUACUUAGUGUUCACAUGAAAAGUUUAGCCUUUCUGAGAGUAAACUCUUUCUCUGCGGGCUGCUUAAUCAUCACUCAUGGGAACUUUUGGUACUGCAGUGUUAACAGCAGACAGGAGUGCAUGGAUACCUGGAGAGCAAGGUACCGAGAUGCCUGCAUGGGUAAGCCCAUGUUUACUUCUGGUCCCACCUUCUCUUCCUUCUAGCAGCAACAGCAACUGAAAUAGCAUACUGAGCCCUUUGAAGAAGAGAGAAGUGUCUUGUCUUGCUAACUACAGCUGCCCCACCUGAUUUAAGAGUAGAGUAGGCUGGUGCGUUUUCCUUUAGAUGAAGCCAGCACUGAGGGGUGUUUGAAAUACUUCCUACCUAGGGACCAAGGAGAAGCCAGAGCCUUCCUCAGCUGAACAAGUCUGCUAGUGCAACUCGGUGAACAUCUGUCAUGGGGAGAGGAAAAGCCUGCCAGGCAGUACCUAGGAAGUAGAUCUUACGCCCUGCAAGAGGGGACAACGCUUAAUUUGUACCUUUAACCAGGUGGCUUUUUCCAUCACAGACAAUGCUCCUUUUCCGGAAAUUAUGUGUGUGCAUGCUAUGGAUGGCUUCUCUGGUCAUUCCAGGAGGCCCAAGAGAAGCUCGGGGUGUUUUAGAGGGCGAGCGAGUGCUCUGCUCUUUCAGGGGAGAGAGCGGGCUCUCCUGCCGAGCUGUGGGGUGUGCGUGUUGCCUAGCUGCAGGCGAGAAGGGGGGGUUGCUGGUUGUUCUCAUCCAGCCCCUCCAGGUGCAUGCGUGAACAGAGUGGAACAUAAAUUGAUGUACAACCAGAAAGUUCAAAAUAUUCCUUUCCUAAAGAGGAUAACUGUAGCAUGAAGCUCUUAGGUGCUCUGCAUAUUUGAUACUACAUUGCUCCUCACUAUGCAAUUCCAAGCUCCUUCCUUCCUCUUCCUCCUCUAAUCUCGCAAGAUGACUUCUCCAGUGUCCUCAGGGCAGGACAUCACUGAAGUCCCAGAAAGGCUCUUUCGUUUCAUUGUCCUCUGCACUGGGUCCGGGUGCCCAGCUCUUACGUCACGUGCCUCAGGUCCCUUGAUAACGGGAGGCCCCAUGAGUUUUAUUCACAUCAUUCAGAGGGAAGUUUUUUUUUCUUGGACACUGUGCACAGAAACCUAACGAUGAACAUGUACCUGGCCUUUUUGUAACUUUUCUGUUUUUCUUCUUAACCAUAAUGGUUGUAUAUCAUUACCACUUUAUAUACAUAUAUAAUAUAUAAAUAUAUAUAAUUUUUUUUAAACUUUGGACCUGCUAGUUUCUUUCAAGUGUUCCUGCACUUACCCAAAAUGUUUUUAAAUUGUGAGGGUUAAAGAGGAUUGAGCCCAUUUUUGUAUCUUUCCUUUUAAUUCUGUAGUUCUAUUGAUUGUAAUGUAGCUAUUUUUUACUGUAACUUUUUUGUUUUGCAAAUACUAAACAAAAAAAAAAACCUAAAUGUAAUUUCUGUGGUUUCUAUUCAGCUUGGAUUUCAUGUUUUAAAAAUAAACGACUUAAAACCA